AUGGACCCGAAAACUAGUUCCGCCGACGACGGCCUACUAAUAACUGAUGACCUGCACAGCCUCAAAGAAGGAGACAUCUACACGGAUCCGGAAUCGGGAAAGCGCUAUCGCGUACGAAAAAGCAUCCUCCCGGGGCGAGCAAUCGGCGGCCCGCACGGCGUCGGCGAUCCUGACGAUCGGACAUUGCGCAAGAUCGAAGCCGAUGUCCUGAUUCCGAAGCGAAUGAACGAUCAACUCGAGCGCAAGGAAUGCCACCCGUUUUAUUUGAAGCUAGUUGAAUGCUUCAAGAAGGAGGGCGCUGCCAUCGGCCUGUCAACUUGCAAGGAGACGCUCAACGCCUUCAAUAGAUGCAAAUAUGAAAGAUUUCACGAUCCGGAUUUUCGUGCGAAAGUAACCGAAGAUUACCUCGCCGAGCGCUCUCAUUAUCGCAGGACGGGGAUGACUGAGAAGGAACAAAAAUUGCAAGAGUACCGAAAUUGGAAGGCUCAAAAUGAAGCC